ACUGUUCUUCCUUUUUCCUCCCACAGGUGAUGAAGAUCAACUUGCUAUCACCUUUCCUGUUUGGGCAAGUCAACCAGCCGGACAAGUGGACUGCCUGGGCAUACCAGCACGGUCUGCUGCCCAGUAAGAAAGAGUUCAAGAUUGAGAGCCUCCCCCGAGAGUACUUUGAUGCAGUAGAGUUAGUAGAAGAGGCUCAUGACAAACUCCAUAGUGCCCUUGACGAGAGAAUACUGGUUGAAAUCCUCGACUUGAUUGACAAAAUCAACAGUUACAACUAUGACAAGGUAUCCACUGCAGUGUCCAAUGCAGAAAAGUACUUUCCAUUUAAGAAGAUCUGUGACAGCAUACAGGGUGGAAAGAAAGACUCGAAAAUGGUAGCAAUCCUCCUAGCUGCACGGCAGCUCCAUGACCAUGUCAACAAAUACACAAAACAGGGCAAAAACCCAGUGUCUGACUAUGAGGAGGAGUGUCGAGUCGAUGAGAAGAAGGCAACAGGGCUCAAAAAGACAGGGAACGAGUGUUUUGUACAGGGGAAAUUCAAGCAAGCAAUAUCCAGUUACACCAAGGCCUUGUACAGCAGCUCUUUCAAUCACAUUCUGUAUGGCAAUCGUGCCCAGAGUUACCUAAAAACAAACGACUACUGGAGCGCCCUGUGUGACGGGAAAAGGGCGAUUGUGCUCAAGUAUGAUUGGCCUAAAGGUAACUACCGCUUGGCGGAGGCCUACUUCCACCUGGGUAUGAUAGAGAAAGCUCUGGCCGUCAACGCAAACGCCAUGAAGGUUUGCAAAGCAUCAGAAUCCAUGAAGGCAGACAUGAAGGACAUUGAACAGCAGGCUGUGCGCUUCAAGGAGGAAAAGGAGAAGCGACAGAAACAGUUUAGGAAAGAAAACGUCAACGGAGGUGUUCCAGACAUUGACGAUGUUCCUGGGCUCGUGGAACCUGGGUCCAGCGAUGAGGAAACAAGCAGUGAUGAUUAUGAGGAAGAAGAUGGCAUGCCUGGCCUUGUUUCUGAUCACGAGUUUUCUGAUGAUGACAGUGUCAAAGUAUCAGCUCCUAAAGUCAAAGCAGAAAGUGCUAAACCCAAACCCAAAAAGCCGUCUCAAACACGUAAGCCAUCCAAACCCACCAAAGCCAGCAAAGAGACAAAAGUGAGAACACGAGAGCGAGAGAAAGUGGCCAGAGAGCCGCCUGUUGAUCGAGACACUCAGGUUAGACUUGACUUUGAGGGUCACAUGAGCCAGGGCACGAUAGCCCUGUCUGAAGGAAGAGUACGUAAUGCUAUCUACUGCUACAGCAAUGCUCUCGAGAUGUCCAGUGAACACGCCCUGCUGUUGAAACCAUCUCUUGUGGUCAUAGUUGUCUUGAAGUACUCUCUUGGCAAAGCUUUUGCAACUACUGAGCUUGGAAAGGACUUGCAAUCUGCUUGUGUUCAUUUCAAAGACAUUAUUGAGGAGCACACCAGUAUCACCUUUCCCCUAGCGCACCAUGGACUUGGAUCUGUAUACAUUAAACAAAAUAGGUACCCUGAUGCAAGAGACAUCAUAAAAAGAGGAUUAGAUAUCAUGUCAGCCCCCAGUGCUAGGAUAAAUGUGUACAAUUGGCCUGGGAGCCACAGUGUGAUCGAGCUGUCAGAUGUUGUGCAACUGAAGGAAGAGUUGCUGAAAUUACUUAGCACGUGUAUGAGCCCACCCCGGCCGGAUGCCAUCUGCCGCUAUGCGGAGUGCACAGGAUUCUUCCAGAGUGAUAUAUUCCUCACCGACCCUGAUUUCAAGGGGUUUGUCAGGAUGGAGUGUACAGAAAAGUGCAAGGUGGAGUUCCACCCAACCUGCUACAAGAAAAAUAGGACUGCUUUGCACGUCAUUGACAAGGACUUUCUCCUGAAGGAUUGCUUUACCCCAGACUGCACUGGCCAAGUGAUCAGUCUGCUCAUGUAUGACCAAGAUGGGAAUGUUAAAAAGAGGUUGCAAAGUGACAGUGUCCCUCCAAGGCCAAAAGAGAAGAAAGUCAUACACCGGAUGAAAGCUAGCGGACAAUACCGGUUGGAAAGAAAAAGGAUUCAAAAGGCAAGAAGAAAGGAGGCAAAAGAAAGAGCAAGGAGAGAAAAGCUUGGGCCACCUGCCGAGCUGGAAGAAGAAGAAAGUAGUCUAGAUUCCAAUGACAACCUGGAUCUUGUUCAAGAGGUAUUGGAUAGAGCUUCUCCAGAGCUAGAAGAGGCAAUGAAUAAAGACGCACCCGAAGUAACACUUAACCAGCCACAAGACCUGGAACCAGUAAAGCCUGGAAGUUCUUUCGGUUAUGUUCUGAAAAAGGACAAGGUAGAAGAAGAGGAUAGCGGCGGUCAACAAAAGGAUAAAAAGACGAAACAGCGGAAGAAGAAAAGCAAGGAAAAGUCGGCGGCAGAGAUAGAGUUGACUUCAAGCUGCUUCAAGUUCGAUAACCCGCCGUCUUCACGCUUGUCAGCUGCCGAUGCAGAAAAUAUGCCAGAACCGCGAAUCUUCAUCCCCCACCAGCAUCAGCUGAACCAGGACCGCCCCUUCGCUCUACCAGAGCGCCUCCAGGAGCAAGCAAGACUGCUGGAGGCUGGGUAUGGAGGCAAUGUGAAUGUUAGGACUGGCAGUAUUCCGUUUCCCUCUUCUCUACAGUCACAAAGCAUGAACCAGCCUGAUCCUGUCAAAGAAAACCUUUACUCCUUCUUUGCCUCUUUGCUCAGUGAGGGACCUCUUCCUCUGGACAGCCCAAAACUUGUACAAGACAUAGACAACUUUCCUCCUGAAGCCAAAAAGCUGGUUGAUGACGCAGGCUCGCUCAAAUCCUUCCUUCUAGGUUCACUGCAAUUUGUUGCCUCUGAAAACAUGGUGUGCCUUCUGAAAGAUGCCGGAAAACUUGGACUAGCCCCCAAAAGAGAGAUCACUCCUCCUCUGAACCCCUGUGCACCUACGUUCACGCCCAGGUCAUCUCCUGAACCGGACAUGAUGUCUGACGACUCCCCCGUCCCUCAGCUGAUGACUCCCUCCGACAACAGCCUGCAGUCCUCACCAGAUCUCAGUAGCAGUGCUGCUGACGACGUGCCAAACAGUGGGGAUGACACCGGCAACAAUAUAGCCGUGCAUCCACCCGAGUCAGACUCCAGCCUCCUGAAAGCCACGGGCCUUGACAACAUCCUAGAUGAUGAUGAAUCCUUGGACAAUUUCGGUGCCUUGGAUGAGUUCAAUGAAGUAUGUCUUGUACCAUCUCACACUUCUCCAGGUGAGCCCACCUCUAACGGGUCCCCCCCGCAGCUGUGUGUGCCGAAACAGGCUGCAUCGCAGUCCCCGUCAGCCCACAGCAACUCAGAGGAGGCCUUCCCAGACUCACUGUCCCAGGCUAGUCAGUCUUCUGGAGGGGACUCCCUUGCUAGCGGACUGAACGCAAUGGUUGCAAACAUGGUGGCAAACAAGGACACAAUAGAAUCUGUGGACUCUGGUUUUCACAGCGUUCACGACGACAGUGCUGUGUUGGGCGGCAAGGUCCAGCCGUGUAGGGAGAGUCAGCUUGACAACAGGACUGCUGAUGCCAUUUGGGCCAGUGGGAACCUUUGGGAGGACAAGUCAUCAGCCUCAGGAGACACCAGGCAAGGGACAUCAGCAGAGAGAUCAGUAGACUCACUAGACGCUGAGAAAGAAAAUCAGUAUAAAGCACCCGGGUCUCCUCUACAGAGACAGCUGAAGCCUGAGUGUAAGGAAGCUACCUGCCAGGCCACUCCUAAAAUGCAUAGUACAGCAGUGAAUACUGUACCAGAGAAGAACUACAAGGAGGAUUACCUCCGUGUUGUACAAGAGAAGGAUCGCCUGUCCGCUCUGCAUCAAGAAGCUUUAGACAGGAGCAUGCAGCUGAAAAAUAAGAUGGAAGCAGAGCUUCAGGCGACUCAACAAGCCUAUGUCGAGAUGCAAAUGAAGUACCAGAAAGUCCAAGAAGAUUUUAACGCAUUGUCACAAGAGAGAGAAGCCAGCACCCGCAAAUGGCAUCAGGAGAAGAAAGACCUCUGCCAACAGGUCAGCAAACUUCAGGGAGAUGUGAAGGCCUUGAAGAAAGGUGAAGAGAUGCAUAAGAAGGCUGCUCAGGAUGCGAGCAAGGACUUUAUGGCAUUGUCUAAGGAACGAGACCGUCUCACUGCAGCAAAGGUGAAACUUGAGGACAGCGUGGUGAAGUUGGACACCAACUGGCAGACAGCCCAUCGGCGCGCUCAGGAAGCAGAGGUUCUUGUCCUGGUGACCAGACGAGAUCACACCUGUCAGAUGCUGGAGCGCGCCAUGAAAGAAGCAGACAUGUACGUCCAAAACCUCGCCAAGCAGAGCGCUGCUCAGCCGAACGUGGCAGAGCUGAGACAACUUCUGGCUGGCUGGCAAGACAACGUUAAGGACUGUAAAAAGAAGGUCGGCUUGUGCAAACAAACCUUUGAGGAACACAUUCAGCAGGUCCGGAAGGGUCAUGCUUUGUCGAGUUUGCCGGCAAUUGUUCCCUUGAUGCCUCCGCCACCCCCACCUGUCCCACAAGCACUUCUACAACCAUCUAAGGGUGCUGUUGGGAAUGGUCCGUCUCCCCAAGGAAGCGAGAAGUACGUCUCUCCAGUACCUCCAGCAUCACAGGCAGCUGCUCCUGUCACACAGCCUCCCAAAGCAGCGCCCACCCAACCACCACCUAACCUAGCUCCAACCCCUCCAACUACUGUGCAGAAACCUCCUCAAGCUAUGCCGUCACCACCUCAACCUAGUGCAAGUGGCCAGGAAACUCACAUGUUCGCACCUCAGCCAAUCCUGGCAACUCAAAACCAUCCAGUUCCCCCACAAGCUGUGAACAAAGCUCCAGUUGUAGGUGCCAGCAGUCGACCUAAACCAACCCCGCCGCUCGCAGCGGCUUUGCAGCCUGUCCAAGUGCCUCAUCCCAACCUCGCUGCCACGCAACAGACAAACGGACAACAUGUCCACUCUCUACCAGCAGGAGCGCAGGCUCAGAGGUUGGAGAAUCAUGCAGCUGCCAUGGCUAGUAUGAAUGCAGCAAGCAAGAACAGCUUUGAAAAGAUCAUGGAAAAGCUGUCGUCCAUGUUCCCCAGCUACAGCCGAACUCAACUGACGGACGUUAUAAAAGAAGUGCGCAAGGCCAACUUAGGCUCGCUUUCUGGGUUGUCGCUGGAAAUGAUCAUCCAACGCGUUGCCGAGAGGAUACUACAGAGACAGAUGGAAGAGCAGACAAGGCAGCUGAGGAAACAGCAGUUCAGUAGGCAGCAACAAGGGGGCGCACCUGCACGGCCUCCCCACCAGCAGCCGCCGCAAGUGGCGGGAGGGGGGCACGGCGCGAGGAGUCAUCAGGCAGCCCCGCCGGCGGGCUGGAACGCCCCGAUGCCCCAGCGGCGUCACGUCGCAAACUGGAAUGAUGACGAAGCAGACUGCAUCAUUUGCCACGACGUGAUGACUCCGGACACAGUGUGUCGAUUGGAGUGCGGACAUCUCUAUCACGUGGACUGCAUCCGCAAGUGGCUGAAACAGCAGAGUACCUGCCCCACAUGCAGGGUGCACGCUCUCCUGCCGGACGAGUUCCCAUCAUUAGGAGGCACCAACUGGCACUGAGAGGUGGAUUCAAGACUGGUAGACUUUUGACAGUGAAACAUUGAGAAGGCAUGUCAAGCCCAACCUUUCACAAGUUGGCAGGCACUCCAUAGUUAUUAUGUAAAUAAAAAAAUCUGUAGUUAUUGUUAGUAUAUAGUAGGUUUUUGAAGUAUUCUGUUAUUAUUAAGGUAAGUUUCAUCUGUUGAUAAUGAUAGGUUUUGAUGAUAGUUUCCUGCUUAUGAUAUUACAAAGUUAUAACUGUCACGCUGUAAGUGAAGUGUCAUGCUUUAUAGUCUUAUGUUUAUCAGGAAGCAAAGGAGACAGGAUUUUCUGUUAUUGUAUACUAGUCAGGACCCAAUGAUGGUUGGAAAGUGAUUUUAGUUCUUAAAAUUGUCAGUAGAAUAGUCACCUAGGGGCACCACAAAGCUACAGGAGUUAGUGGGAUUGCUACAGUUGAUGUAUCUUGGUACUGCAAUAACUGUAACAAGGUGACUCUUGUUUUCAACAUUCCAGCCCAACACAGAUUAUAUAUUUGUACCUAAGCAUAUCUCCCACAUAACCAAUCAAUAUUUUGUUGUUGUUUAUGACAUGAUUUGGGAUUUUGUUAAAUAAAGUUAAUAAAAUUAC